AUGCCUGAAAACGUCAAACUACCUCCACUACUGUGUAUGACAGUUAACAAAGCACAUCCCUCGAGGUCCGAGUAUCGCUUUAGCUUUACUCCAAAGGUAAAACUUGUUCAACCCCACAUCAAACUUGCGUCGAGUUUCAUGUAUCGUCGACCUCCCGAAUACGUUCGUGGUCAGCCUCGCCUGAGCUUCCAACCAGGGUAUGUACCUGCUGCUAGAAGUGGAGGUCUUGGAGACUACGUCUUCUUGCAUAGCAACGCGUUUUACAAUGGAACCAAAGAGGAAAGGACUUAUUUUACGGUCAGACCAGACUGGGUGUCAGAGAGGUCUGUGCGAAAGAACAAUCCAUUUUCUUGAAGACAACGCGGACUCUCGCUAUCUCCUAUCUUUUUAAUCAUUAAUCGUUUGAUCCAAUAACGUUGGCGUAAGUUUUUAACUUCGAAUUGCAAUGGCACGUUCUAUUUUCAAUGAAAGCAAGAUUUUGUUAUAAGUAAGAAUGCCUAAGACGGGCAAAGUGUGUGUUUUCUAUUACUAUUCGUCGGAAUUGCAUGCAGCAGCAGCAGUUGAUGAAAGUUCCAUUUACAGCGCACAGUCCGAAAGCAAAAAGGCGUGA